CUCUUUACUCCCUGGAGGUGGGUAGUUUUCAGCUUAUAUGGAUUGGGAACUGGGAAAGGAAUGAGAAAUCAGAAGUCAGGGAUAAGAAGAGGCUAACAUGACUGAGACCACUAUAAUUUAGUGAACUGCCCCUUUUCUAAAGAGGAGCCCAAAGGAAGGACUGGCCAUCCAUUGCACAUCUCAAAACCAUGGCUCAGGGAUCAGUGUCAUUCAAAGAUGUGACUGUGGACUUCACUCAGGAGGAAUGGCAGCACCUGGAUCCUGCUCAGAAGACUCUAUACAUGGAUGUGAUGUUGGAAAACUAUUGCCACCUCAUCUCUGUGGGGUGUCACAUGACCAAACCCGAUGUCAUCCUCAAGUUGGAACGAGGAGAGGAGCCAUGGACAUCAUUUGCAGGUCAUACCUGCUUAGAGGAAAACUGGAAAACUGAAGACUUUUUAGUGAAAUUCAAGGAACACCAAGAUAAGUAUUCUAGAUCAGUUGUAUGCAGCAAUCACAAAAAACUGGUUAAGGAGAAGACUAAUAUAUAUGAAAAGAUAUUUACUCUAGGCAAAAACACUGUUAAGUCAAAAAAUCUAGCUGUUGAGUAUGAUACACAUGGAAGGAUUUUUAAAAAUGUUUCAGAAUUAAUCAUCAACAAUCUAAAUCCUGCAAGAAAGAGACUUAGUGAAUAUAAUGGAUGUGGGAAAUCACUCCUCAGUACUAAGCAAGAGACAGCUUAUCCUGAAGGCAAAUCGCAUAACCAAAGUGGCAAAACUUUCAGUCAUAAUGAAGUACUUAUACAUUAUCAGAAAAUGGAAAUUCCAGCACAGUCAUUUGGAUAUAAUGAUUGUGAUAAAUCAUUCCUUAAAAGGGGUGGCCUAGUUACACAUAAUAGAGCUUACAGAGCAGAAGAUUCAUCUGUAUAUAAUAAAAAGAGAAGAGCAAACAAUAUUGAAAAAAAACAUACAUGCAGUGAAUGUGGGAAAUCCUUCUGCAGGAAGUCAGUAUUGAUUCUGCAUCAAGGAAUUCACACAGAGGAAAAACCCUAUCAAUGUCAUCAAUGUGGAAAUGCAUUUAGAAGGAAGUCAUAUCUCAUUGAUCAUCAGAGGACUCACACAGGAGAAAAACCCUUUGCUUGUAAUGAAUGUGGUAAGUCCUUCCGCCUAAAGACAGCCCUCACAGAUCAUCAGAGAACACAUACAGGGGAGAAAUCAUAUGAAUGCCUACAAUGUAGGAAUGCCUUCAGGUUAAAGUCACACCUCAUUCGUCAUCAAAGAACUCACACUGGAGAGAAACCAUAUGAGUGUAAUGACUGUGGGAAGUCCUUCCGCCAGAAGACAACACUCUCUCUACAUCAAAGAAUUCAUACAGGGGAAAAACCCUAUAUUUGUAAAGAAUGUGGGAAGUCCUUUCAUCAGAAGGCAAACCUUACUGUACAUCAACGAACUCAUACAGGGGAAAAGCCUUAUAUAUGUAAUGAAUGUGGGAAAUCCUUCUCCCAGAAGACAACCCUUGCUCUUCAUGAGAAAACUCAUAAUGAGGAGAAACCCUAUAUUUGUAAAGAAUGUGGAAAGUCCUUCCGCCAGAAGACAACCCUUGUAGCACAUCAGAGAACACAUACAGGGGAGAAAUCUUAUGAAUGUCCUCACUGUGGGAAGGCCUUUAGAAUGAAGUCAUACCUCAUUGAUCAUCACAGAACUCAUACAGGAGAGAAACCGUAUGAAUGUAAUGAAUGUGGGAAAUCAUUCAGUCAGAAGACUAACCUCAAUCUACAUCAGAGAAUUCAUACGGGGGAGAAACCCUAUAUCUGUAAUGAAUGUGGGAAGUCCUUUCGCCAGAAAGCAACCCUCACUGUACAUCAGAAAAUACAUACAGGGCAGAAAUCCUAUGAAUGUCCUCAGUGUGGGAAAGCCUUUAGCAGGAAGUCAUACCUCAUUCAUCAUCAAAGAACUCAUACAGGAGAGAAACCAUAUAAAUGUAAUGAAUGUGGAAAGUGCUUCCGCCAGAAGACAAAUCUCAUUGUGCAUCAGAGAACUCACACAGCCUGGAAAUUUGGUCUACGUCAAAAAGUUCCAAAAAGAAGAACUGACGCCCUCCUAAAAAGAACCAUACAAGGUCAUCCUCACCACCCCAACAUCACUCAAGGUUGGCAUAAUACUGACCUAAAUUCAUCAUUCGCAAGUCAAAAGAGCUACGAACACCAAAGCCUGGCUCAGCCAAGCCUGCGGCUAGAAUGCUAAGGUACCCCUCUGCCCAAACAACACCUGGACUGUAAACCAACAUCCUAAUAAUCCUCUCAAAAUCACCCUCCAAGCCCAUCGCCCUGUACCACCUGACCAGCCAACAGAGCAAAAAUCGUAAAACUUUAAUCAUGACUGGUUAUCUAAAUGCAGUGCAUUCACCCCUUCCCUCUCCUUUUUGUUAUCCCACUUGUUCUAGAAUUUUAAGCAGCACUGCUUACUGCAUGCAGCUUCUGCAAAAUGGCCAUGCUGCAAAAAAGUCCUGUUAACACGGUUUUAUCUCUCAUGUACUAAAUGUAUUAUUGCUCUAUUAUGCUUGAAAUAAGUUUAACUUGUUUUCAUAUGCAUCGUUUACUUCAUACCACCUGGCCACAACUAGCUUCAAAUUGCUGACUCUAUUAAAAACAAGACCCCCUUAUUAUGUAGGUUUAAGGGUCAAUGCUCCUAUUGUCAGUAAUACUGACAGAACAACAUGUUCUCCAAACACUUCAUGUCACUGUAAGGCCAGAGGUACCGGAGGGCGGGGCGGGCCUCAACAAGAUGGCUCCAACCCAGACCAGGAGAACAAUGGGUGAGAGUGAGCCAGCAAAAAUGAGUAACCAGAACCAAGACCCCAGCCACAAAGCCAGCUAGUACCUGUUACAGCGACUCUAGCAACCCCGUUCAGUCAAUUGCCAGCAGACAUGACAGCUGUCCCAACCAGUGAUUGCUCUCCCUGAUCCCCUCACAGCUUUCUCAGUGUGCCCUUUAUAAACCCAUCGCCCAUCUUGCUGGGCACGACUUUUCUGGCCCACAGCUACAUGGACUGGUGAACCUCGCCCAGGAUUGCACUAAUAAAUUUUUCUUGGCUCCUUU